AAAAAAUGCAGAAAAAUCAACUUUCUUUUUCUUUUAUUAUAUAAAUUAAUAAAGAAUACAUUAUUUUCGCAUUGUUUGUGAUUUGAAAUUAAUGUUUUGACGUUGAAUUUGUCGAUUCUGAUUGUUUAUUUGCAUUGAGUUAUUGGAGAUUUUCUUCCUUUUUAUUAAUGAUCAUUGAUUAUUCUAGGAAAUAUAUUGUUUCUAAUGAUCAUUAAUCAUUGUGGGGAAUCUCUAGAAUAAUUGAAAGCCCAAAAAGGAUCCCCAUUUUUUUUAAUGGAAUUGCUUUAGAUUAGAGGAAUAAUUAUUGUAUUUGAUUCAUUGCAUUCAUCAUUGAAUCAUUGGUGUUUGUUGAAUUGUCUGCGUGAAGAUAUAGGGGUGGUUUUGAUUGGCUAAAGCUCCAUUUUUUUAAAUUUAUGCUAUUUUGUUUCAAAAAAAGAACCCUUUUAGGGAGAUAAGAAAUGGGAUUAUAGUUCAUGGGUGAAAUUAGAUAUUCAUGGAUGGUUAAAGAAGAAAAAGUGUGAGAAUUUAGGUGUUCAAAUGGGAAAUACUUGUGCCAAAUCAGCGGAGGAAGCCGAAAAUUAUGAGAAAAAACAAGAUGGCGAUGGCAAUGAAUGUGAAACUAAAGAUCAGGAUCAAGCAGAAAGCAAAGAACCGGAAGAAUCCCACACGGUUCAAAAACAACCUCCGGAAGAAAUGAAGAUGGAACAACGAUCGAGAUCCAUUGAAACAACCCAAAGGCAACAAUCAAAAGCCAGUGAAGCAAUAGAAAGACAGCAAUCGAAUUUCCAUGAAACAACACAAAGACAACAAUCGAAAUCUCACCCUAAAAGACUUAACUCCAAGCCAUCUCAACUUGCAGCAUUUAAUGAGAGUAAAACUGAGACUAGGAAAACCAAAAAGGCUCAUAAUGUGAAGAGGCAAUCAUGUGCAGGGUUGAAGGUUGAAUCAGUGUUGCAAACCAAAACAGGUCAUUUGAAGGAAUACUAUAACUUGGGGAGGAAGUUAGGUCAAGGACAAUUCGGAACAACUUUCCUUUGCAUCGAGAAGGGUACCGGGAAAGAAUUCGCUUGUAAAUCAAUUGCAAAACGGAAGCUUAUGACUAUUGAUGAUGUCGAUGAUGUGAAGAGAGAAAUUCAAAUAAUGCAUCACUUGUCAGGGCACCCUAAUGUUAUAUCCAUCAAAGGGUCUUAUGAGGAUUCCAUGACGGUUCAUGUUGUGAUGGAGUUGUGUGCAGGGGGUGAACUUUUUGAUAGGAUUGUAAAGCGAGGGCAUUAUAGUGAAAGAAAGGCAGCUGAGCUAGCAAGGAUUGUUAUUUCUGUCGUUGAAGCUUGCCAUGCCAUGGGAGUAAUGCACAGGGAUCUCAAGCCUGAAAAUUUCCUUUUCGUGAAUGAACAAGAGGAUUCACCUCUUAAAGCUAUCGAUUUCGGAUUAUCAAUAUUCUUCAAACCUGGGGAUAUCUUAAUUGAUGUCGUUGGAAGCCCAUAUUACGUUGCACCCGAGGUAUUGCGAAAGCGAUAUGGUCCGGAAGCGGAUGUGUGGAGUGCUGGGGUAAUCACUUACAUUCUCUUAAGUGGGGUGCCUCCAUUUUGGGGUGAAACUGAACAAGAAAUAUUUAACGAGGUUUUGAAUGGUGAGCUUGACUUCUCAUCUGAUCCCUGGCCUAAUAUCUCUGAAAGUGCUAAAGAACUAGUGAGGAAAAUGCUCGACAGAGACACAAAGAGGCGGAUAACAGCUCACGAAGUACUACGCCACCCUUGGAUUCAAGUUGAUGGGGUGGCACCAGACAAGCCACUCGAUUCUGUUGUCUUAAGCCGCCUGAAGCAAUUUUCUGCAAUGGAUAAGCUCAAGAAAAUGGCCUUAAGAGUCAUUGCCCAAAGACUUUCGGAAGAAGAAAUAGCUGGGUUGAAAGAAAUCUUCAAGAUGAUAGACACCGAUGGUAGCGGUCAAAUCACCUACGAUGAACUCAAAGAUGGAUUGAAAAGAUUUGGCGCUAAUCUUGCUGAAUCCGAGUUUCAUGCUCUAAUGCAAGCAGCAGACGUUAAUAACAGUGGUACAAUUGAUUACGAAGAGUUUGUAGCUGCAACAUUGCAUCUAAACAAGAUUGAGAGGGAAGACAAUCUAUUAGCAGCCUUCUCGUAUUUCGACAGAGAUGGCAGCGGCUACAUCACUCCGGACGAGCUCCAAAAAGCUUGUCAAGAGUUCGGCAUCAAAGACCUCCGCCUCGAUGAAAUCAUGAAAGAAGUCGACGCAGACAACGAUGGUCGGAUUGAUUACAAUGAAUUUGUAGCCAUGAUGCUUCCUAAAGUUGGUAAGAAAGGUACAUAAUAUAUAUUUUUGGCAAAAUAUAUUAUAGUAUUUUCCUAGGGCAUUUUAUUUAGUUUUUAUU